AUGCGGCCCCCGUCCACGUUCGGCCAUGCGGCCUCCGACCCCGAGGGCAGCCUCCGGCCGCGCCAGACCGGAGCCACGCCGCCUCCCCUCCCCCCCCCCGCCGGCCCCCCCCCAACAUGCCCUCUCACCAAACAGCCCCCUCCCCCACCUCACGUGGCCGCGCGGCGCCCGGUUCUCAACGGCCUAGGUACCCUGGCCCCGGCGGGCCGAUCUGACCCCCGGCCCUCGCCCCGGCGUGGCCGCCCGGCGGCCUCUCCCGCGUGGCGGCCUCGCGGCUCGCCGUCCCCCGCCCUGCGUCGCUCCAACGUCACCCGGCCGGCCCCAACCGUCACCCCGCGCGCCAACCGGGGCGCGCGCCCGCGCCUCUCCGCACCUCGCGCCGCUCGCGGGCCGAACCCUACCACUAGCCCUACCGGACAGGACUCGCGCCUGCGCAGUAAAGAGCCCUGCACUCCACACCCUCUGAAGGAAACGCCUCGGCCUCAGGGCGCAUGCGUGUUGGGAAUCCUGACCGCCCCUUCCACCUCAGACGUCGUCUGUACGCCGGGCGUUGAAAAGACCACGCCACUCUAG